AUGGCCGAGCAAGCAGAAGAUAUUGACGACAUCGUUGACCACCCCACUGGGGCAAACUCAUCAGAACACGACGACGAGCCAUCAUCGGCCUCGUCAAAGCCAAAGAAUGCAUUUGCCGAACUCAUGGCCCCGAAGAGAAAGGCCCCGGCCUCACCAGAACCCGAAAAGCGUCCAAAAGACAAAGCCGCCCGCUGGCGCGGCGCCUUAGUUCAGUACAUCAACAACCCCUCCUCCUUUGGCAGCCAAAUCCUCCGGGUAACUCCCAACACAGUCCUCAUCAAGGACUCGUUCCCAAAAGCCACCGUCCAUCUCCUUCUUCUACCUCGCUCAGAAAAACACUACCUCCUCCGUCCUAAUGAAGCUUUCGCCGACCCUGCCUUUCUGGCCAUCGUACGAGAAGAAGCCGCUUCGGCAGCCAAACUCGCCGCAGCCGAGCUAGAAAGAUUGCUCGGUUCUUUUUCAGUCUCAAACAAGCCUCGUCUAGAAGCAACAGACUACGCCAACCGACCCCCAGGACGGGAUUAUCUCAAAGAAAUCAAGGUCGGGAUGCACGCACACCCGAGCAUGGAUCAUCUGCAUGUUCACAUCAUCAGCAAGGACAUGCACUCGCCCAAGGUGAAGCACAAGAAGCACUACAAUAGUUUCAACACCGAGUUUUUUAUUCCCUUGGUGGAUUAUCCACUGGCAGAUGACGACGUCAGGAGGGAUGUGGGGUUCCAGAACGGGAAUCUGAGCGAGGAUUUCAAAUGCUGGAGGUGCGGGAAGGACUUUGGGAAUAAGUUUACGCAGCUGAAGAAGCAUUUGGAGGAGGAGUUUGAGGAGUGGAAGAAGGAGUAA